UUGGCUGCCGCCUAGGCAGCGUCGAAACCGCUCCAUUUCGCAUCUCCCUAAAAAAGCCCUCUCCCUCCCGGCGGCCGGAGGCAUAGCGAACACCCGUGUCCAGCAGGAAGAACCAAGAAAGGAUGGCGCAAGGCGCGCUGCGGGGCCCCUCCGACUACUCCGGCGAGCCCCCUCGUCACCCCUCUCUCCGCAUCAACGCCAAGGAGCCGUUCAACGCGGAGCCGGCGCGGCGGGACCUGGUGGCGUCGUACAUCACCCCCGUCGACCUCUUCUUCAAGCGCAACCACGGCCCCAUCCCCGUCCUCGACGACAUCCGCAGCUACUACGUCACCAUCGGUGGCCUCGCGGGCGGGCCGAGGCGGCUCUCGCUGGAUGACAUCAGGAGGUUGCCAAAGUACAAUGUCACUGCCACUCUGCAGUGUGCAGGGAACAGGAGGACGGAGAUGAGCAAGAGUAGGAAGGUCAGGGGCGUUGGCUGGGAUGUUUGCGCUCUCGGGAAUGCUACUUGGGGAGGAGCUAAAUUAUCAGAUGCCCUUCAGCUCGUUGGUGUGCCAUAUCAUACUGAAAUCACUCCAUCUGGUGGAAAGCAUGUUGAGUUUGUUAGUGUUGAUCAGUGUCCAGAGGAAAAAGGUGGCCCAUACAAAGCAUCAAUUCCCUUGGGCCAGGCAACAAAUCCUGCAGCAGACAUACUGCUUGCAUAUGAAAUGAAUGGUGAGGUACUCAAGCGUGAUCAUGGAUACCCUCUCCGCGCCAUUGUUCCCGGUGUCAUUGGUGCCCGUUCUGUGAAAUGGUUGGAUAGAAUUGACAUAAUCGAGGAAGAGUCUCAGGGUUUUUUCAUGCAAAAAGAUUAUAAGAUGUUCCCUCCAUCAGUUGAUUGGGAUAAUAUUGUGUGGUCAACCAGGAAGCCCCAAAUGGACUACCCAGUUCAGUCUGCAAUAUGUUCUUUGGAAGACAUGAGUGCCGUCAAACCAGGACAGGUCACUGUUGCUGGAUACGCCUUGUCAGGAGGUGGCAGGGGCAUUGAGAGGGUUGACAUUUCCCCUGACGGUGGUAAGAGUUGGUUAGAGGCACACCGAUACCAAAAGAAAGGUGUCCAAUAUGUGGCUGGUAACGUAACCAGUGAUAAGUGGGCAUGGGUGCUCUUCAAGGCCAUUGUCGAUGUCAACAGCGACACUGAGAUUGUUGCAAAAGCGGUUGAUUCCAGUGCAAACGUGCAACCUGAGAGCGUGGAAUCAAUCUGGAACCUGAGAGGGAUUCUAAACACAUGUUGGCAUCGCAUCCGCCUUCUGGCAACACCUAACCUUAGAAGUUCCAUGUGAUGUCCCGUCCAUCCACAUAAUUUCAUCAGCUCACACUGUUGUUACCAACCCAGCAACUUGGCAUUACCAUUCCAGUUACAAUCUGGCACUGGAGAGAAGAGAGGCAAAAGGUGUCAAUAAUUCCAUCUCCACGUUGUUUAGAUGGAAAAAUAAAUCCCUUAUUGUACCAUGUUGUCAUGUACUCCCUUUUUAGGUUACAUAAAGUUAAAAUCAGUUUCUCAAGCA